AUAAAAACAAUAAAAAAAAAUAAAGAAAGAAAAAGAAACAUCUUGCCAAAACUUUAAUAAUUCUUCUUUUUCCCAUAACAAAAGUAACAACACAAAAAAAAGAACAAAAAAAAAGUAAUUUUUCUUCUCUCAACUCAAAACCACCCACGGGAAAUAAAAAAAUUCCUUUUUUUUCUUCGUUUUUACUUUAUUUUAUAUCGGACGAGGUGUGGAACUCGCUUUUUUGUCUCAAAAAUUACGACAGAGAAGAGUCUCCCCAAAAAGUAACCAAGUGAAAAUGAAAAAUUAAAAGAAAAAAAGAAUCAAGAAAGUCAAGAAAAAACCAACUGCAAUCAAGAUUGUUUUAUUUAUUUUGUUAUUCUGCAAGUUCCCAUUAAAAAUUGUAUUAAAAUUUGUUGUAAACUUAAUUAUAAGCAAAUAAAAUUAAUUAAGGUUUUGUGUUUUUUUCUUCAUUUUGAACAGGAGGAAGUUUUUUUGUGUUGAAAAAUAAUGAAAUGAAAAAAAAUUAUGUGAAUCACAGCAAAAAGUAAAAAAAAAAAGAGAAUCAAGAAAAAAAGUGCAUCGCACGGAAAAAAAAUAUACAAUUUUGCCCGGAAAAGGAUUAACACACAGAAAUCACAGAGAAAAAGAAAGAAAGAAAAAAAUAAAAAACGAAGAAGCGAAGUGAAAACGAGGGCACGACGACGACAACCAAGUAAUUUUUCUGUUCCCUUUUUUUUUUUUGUUUUUUUGAAAUUAUUUUGAGACUUAAUUGUUUUGGAUAAAAAAAAGGCCACUCUCAUUCGCACUCGUUUCGUCUCAUUUUGUAUGCUUGUGUCCAGUUGCAGAAGCAGCGAUAGUAACUCAGGAGAAGCUCUGGUGGAAUGUCAAAGCGGAAAAAAUAUCCCUGUCGACGGAUGUAAGAGAACAGCAAUCGGCAUGUGGUUCGACGAAUAGCAACAUCAUUCCAUCAUUACUACUUCAGCAGAAGCACAAUUGAAUGCAGCAAUUUAUUCAUUCAAACAGAAAUAGAAGAAGAAAAAAAGAAAAAAUCGAAAAAAAAAGAAACAAAAAAGAAUAUAAGGACAUCAAAAGAAAGCUCUCAACACAACGAAAAAAAAAAAAAAAACUAUAAGUGAACUGUUAAUAGCACAGCAAUAUACAACAAAAACUAGAAGAAGAGAAAACAAAACCCUAGUCUUUUAUUAUUAUUUUUAGUUUUUUAUUUCUUGUCCUCAAAUAAAUCAACACACAGAAAAAAUUCCAAAGGCCAAAAACCCAUCUGGACGACUGAUUGUUGUUUCAAAAAACAUACAUAUAUAGAAACUACCCUCUCGCUGUCAAAAUACAACCCGUGAUGAUUCCAAAUGUCUGUGGAGUGUGAUAAGGUCGUGUAUCCUAGCCAUCAUCAUCGUCGUCGUCGUGGUUGUUGUCGUCGUCUCUGUUGUAGUAACACCAUCCGGACUCGGACCCGGACCCGGAUUCGGUGCCGGACGAGCACGACCACCCGGAGCAACAAUCUCUGCCAUUUAAUGAGAGGACAUUUAAGCGCGAAUCGAACUGAAUUCGUUUUCAAUUUCGAGUUCGAUUUAUCUGCUGUGGCACCACCAUAACCUCUACUGCAACAAUUCUGCUGUCCGCUCUGACGUGCCACCCAUCACACACCAUCACACACCAUCACACAAAAGGAAUCCACACCCUACUACCCCCUCUCUUUGCCCUCUGAACAAAAAAAAUAUAACACACAAAAAGGACAUAUAUUACAACAACGGUGUUAAGUGUAGUAGUUGAAGAGAAUAAAAGAAUACAAAAAAAGAAAGAAAAUACUACCCCCGACCCAACUCCCCCCCCCCCCCCCCCAGUGUAUUAUUGAGCAACCGUUUGUUCCUUCUUCAAUGAAUUUAUUGUGCUGCUGUACGAUGGCGCCCAACACCAGAGUCACCAGGAAAUGGGAACACUUUGCCGGCAGAAAUAAGUUCUACUGUGAUGGUAUGCUAAUGUCAGCACCGCACACAGGAGUGUUCUAUUUGACGUGUGUGCUGAUUACGGGAACCAGUGCUCUCUUCUUUGCGUUCGAUUGUCCUUUUUUAGCAACAAGAAUAACCCCAGCUAUUCCAGUUGUUGGAGCUGUUCUAUAUUUCUUCACAAUGAGCUCUUUACUACGAACUACGUUUACGGAUCCUGGCGUAAUCCCUCGGGCUUCCCAAGACGAAGCUGCAUAUAUUGAGAAACAAAUUGAAGUGCCAAAUUCACUCAACAGUCCCACAUAUCGACCUCCGCCGAGAACAAAAGAGGUCCUCGUUAAAGGACAAACGGUCAAAUUAAAGUAUUGUUUCACAUGUAAGAUUUUUAGGCCACCUCGGGCAUCACACUGCAGUCUAUGUGAUAAUUGUGUAGACCGUUUCGAUCAUCAUUGUCCUUGGGUGGGCAACUGUGUGGGGAAACGUAACUAUCGGUUCUUCUAUAUGUUUUUAGUGUCAUUAGCAUUUCUUGCUGUAUUUAUAUUUUCAUGCUCAGUAACGCAUUUAGUUUUAUUAUUAAAAACGGAACAAGAAGUUUUCGAAGUGAUUAAGAGAGCGCCAUGUACUGUGAUUGUAACAUUUAUUUGUUUCUUUUCGAUUUGGUCCGUUAUUGGACUGGCGGGAUUCCAUACGUAUCUGACAACUAGUGAUCAGACAACAAACGAAGAUCUCAAAGGAUCAUUUUCAUCGAAAGGUGGACAACGUGCCGUAAAUCCAUACUCUCGGGGGAAUAUUUGCCUUAAUUGUUUUCACAUAUUGUGUGGUCCAAUGACUCCAUCAUUGAUUGAUAGGCGAGGUAUCGCUACCGAUGACUUUAUCAUUCAAAUGAAUCAAUCUUCCAUGACGAACGCCCGCAACCAACUCUCAGAAGUCAUCAGCUCAACCCAAACCGGCAUGAUAACCAGUCAACCUAUGCUAGGUACCAGCGGUGUGGGAGACAUGAAACCUCGAUUAUACGAUGAGUCAAAUCCCUCCUUAGGUGCUUCUGGUCUCGGUGGCGGUGGCAGUGUCUAUCGACCACGCAGCUACGAUAAUUUACAAAACGGUAAUUCCAAUAGUUUAGCCCACUUGGUCGAUAAUGAGAUACCCUUGUCAAAUAUGGAAAGUCCGCCAACUUCUGGACUAAUGGCGGCAAAUGUUGUUGGCGUAACUUCUGAUAAUAAUAGCAGUGCUGCCAUAUCCCCCAUUACACCAGACGAUGAUGCCAAUUUCGAUCCAAAUCUAACCCCUGGAACUGGCCUUCGUUCGAAUAAUCUAAGUGGUAGCUAUAAUAAUCUAUUUAGCGAAGAAUUCGAUCCGACUGAUAGUAAUCUGCUGUCGAGCUAUCACACUGCUCGCUAUUACAUCGACCCAACUGAUAGCAAGCUUUUGUCAAGCACUCGAACAGCGCGCUAUUAUAAAGGUCCCAAGUCUGGUCUUAUGGCCGCAGCUGCUGCAGGUGUCAGCAGCUGUACCGAGGCGAUAACAACAGCAGAUCCGGUGCGACUCAUGAAGUCGGCAUCGGAGUCUGAGAACGUUUAUAGCAAUAUACCAAAUUCAAAUUUGUCGUCGGCAGCGGUGAGCAGUAACGGCAGCAAUAAGUCUGAUCCUAGUUUGCAUGUGUAUUCAAAUUUGUUAGAGGAGCGCGAAUUGGCGCAAGAUAUCACCGAAGCAACUGCCAUUACACAGUUGGCUUCGAGCAAUAGUAAGUCACCGGAUGAGAGAGUGGCGCCCGGGUCGAGUUCGGCUGCUGACAGUUCAACUGUCAUGUCAUCGACUCUGUUGAGUGACGAUCUGGAUCUGGAUGAUCCGGUGAGUGCAUUUGUCGUCAAUAGUCGAAAGAAGUAUGCGUCGACGAGUAAGGCCCGAAUCAAAAGGAAUUCCGACAGCGACAAGGAACUCCAUAAUGUAGCAAUAUCAUCGUCGUCUGCCAGUGGUGGUGGUGUUGGUAGUGGUGCUGGUGGCUCGGAUGCUGUUCGAGCAUCGAACGCUUCCAUGAAUCAGUCGGAUGUGAUAACGCCGAGUCGCAUGAGGCUGCUCCAUGACACCACAAUGAUAGAUACAGCAUUAGAUUUGGAUAGUUUAGAUGGUUCCAGUAUUGGUAAUAAUUCGCAAGCGUGUCUUGUGAAAACCGCUAUUGUUUAAAAGCAGGGCAACCCCGAUCUGUGUUAUGGUAUUUUAUUAUUUUUGUAUUUGUUGUAUUAUAGUUGUAUUUGUAUAGAUUUUUUUUAAAUUUUAUUUUUUUAUUUUAUUUUAAUUUGUUCCUUCGAAAUCGCUCUUUCGAUGUGACUGCAUUUAUAUGCCUUAAGCUUGAAACAAAGCCAUAAUUAAUAAUUCAUUUUUUUUUUUUUAAAUAAUUGUAUUUUUGAUAUGAAUGACUAAACUCUAAAUUUUUUUUAGUGCUCGUUUUGAGUCAUUUUUUCUUUUAAAAUAAAAAUAAAUAUAUUUAAAUGUGUGUUUCGAAAGAAAUUUGUUGUGCGAGGAUUAAAUAUAAAUUUGUAUGUAAUUCUAUAUUUUUUUUUAAAAUGGUUAUUAGUUAAAUAUUUAGUUUGAGACAAAAGGAAAAGACAA